AUGAUGGAUCAAGCCAGAUCAGCAAUCUCUAACUUGUUUGGUGGAGAACCAUUGUCAUACACCCGGUUUAGCCUGGCUCGGCAAGUAGAUGGAGAUAACAGUCACGUGGAGAUGAAAUUGGCUGUAGAUGAAGAAGAAAACACUGACAAUAACAUGAAGGCCAGUGUCCGAAAACAUAGAAGGCUUAAUGGAAGACUCUGCUUUGGGACAAUUGCAGUAGUCAUCUUUUUCUUGAUUGGAUUUAUGAUUGGCUACCUAGGCUAUUGUAAACGCACAGAACAAAAAGACUGUGUAAGACUGGCAGAAACGGAGACAGGCAAUUCAGAAAUCAUCCAAGAAGAAAACAUUCCUCAAUCUUCUCGCUUAUAUUGGGCAGACCUCAAAAAACUGUUGUCAGAGAAGCUGGAUGCCAUAGAGUUCACUGACACCAUCAAGCAGCUGAGCCAGACCUCUCGGGAGGCAGGAUCUCAAAAAGAUGAAAAUCUUGCCUAUUAUAUUGAAAAUCAGUUCCGUGACUUUAAACUCAGCAAAGUCUGGCGAGAUGAACAUUAUGUGAAGAUUCAGGUGAAAGGCAGUGCUGCUCAAAACGCGGUGACCAUAAUAAAUGUAAAUGGUGACUCAGACCUAGUGGAGAAUCCUGGGGGCUAUGUGGCAUAUAGUAAAGCUACAACAGUUUCUGGUAAACUGAUCCAUGCUAAUUUUGGCACUAAAAAAGACUUUGAAGAUUUAAAGUAUCCUGUGAAUGGAUCUUUAGUGAUUGUUAGAGCAGGGAAAAUCACUUUUGCAGAAAAGGUUGCAAAUGCCCAAAGCUUUAAUGCAAUUGGUGUCCUGAUAUACAUGGACCAGACUAAAUUCCCUGUUGUUGAAGCAGAACUUUCACUCUUUGGACAUGCUCAUCUAGGAACUGGUGAUCCAUACACACCUGGGUUUCCAUCUUUCAAUCAUACUCAGUUUCCACCAUCUCAGUCAUCAGGAUUACCUAGUAUACCUGUUCAGACGAUCUCAAGAAAGGCUGCAGAAAAGCUAUUUCAAAACAUGGAAACAAACUGUCCUCCUAGUUGGAACACAGAUUCUUUGUGUAAGCUAGAAUCUUCACAGGGUAUAAAUGUGAACCUCUCUGUGAACAACGUGCUGAAAGAAACAAGAAUACUUAACAUCUUUGGAGUUAUUAAAGGAUUUGAGGAACCAGACCGGUACAUUGUAGUAGGUGCCCAGAGAGAUGCCUGGGGUCCUGGUGCUGCAAAAUCCAGUGUGGGAACAGGUCUUCUGUUGAAACUUGCCCAAGCAUUCUCAGAUAUGGUUUCAAGAGGUGGGUUUAAACCCAGCAGAAGCAUUAUCUUUGCCAGCUGGAGUGCAGGAGACUUCGGAGCUGUUGGUGCCACCGAGUGGCUAGAGGGAUACCUUUCAUCUCUGCAUUUGAAAGCUUUCACUUAUAUUAAUCUGGAUAAAGUUGUCCUUGGUACUAGAAACUUCAAGGUUUCUGCCAGCCCUCUAUUAUAUACACUUAUUGAGAAGACAAUGCAGGACGUAAGACAUCCAAUUGAUGGGAAACCUCUCUAUCGAGACAGCAAUUGGAUCAGCAAAGUUGAGGAUCUUUCCCUUGACAAUGCUGCUUUCCCCUUUCUUGCAUAUUCUGGAAUCCCAGCAGUUUCUUUCUGGUUUUGUGAGAAUGAGGACUAUCCUUAUUUGGACACUAAUUUGGAUACCUAUGAGAAACUAAUUCAGAAAGUUCCUCAGCUGAACAAAAUGGUUCGUGCAGCAGCAGAAGUAGCUGGUCAGUUCAUAAUUAAACUUACCCAUGACAUUGAACUGAACCUGGACUAUGAUAUGUAUAACAACAAGAUACUGUCAUUUGUGAAGGAGCUGAACCAAUUCAGAGCAGAUAUCAAGGCAAUGGGUCUGAGUCUACAGUGGCUGUAUUCUGCUCGUGGAGACUUUUUCCGUGCUACAUCUAGACUGACGACUGAUUUCCAUAAUGCUGAGAAAACAAACAGAUUUGUCGUGAGGGAAAUCAAUGACCGUAUUAUGAAAGUGGAAUAUCACUUCCUGUCACCCUACGUAUCUCCAAGAGAGUCUCCUUUCCGACACAUCUUCUGGGGUUCCGGCUCUCACACUCUCACGGCUUUAGUGGAGAACUUGAAGCUUCGUCAGAAAAACAGUAGUGCUUUUAACGAAACACUCUUCAGAAACCAGUUGGCCCUAGCUACUUGGACUAUUCAGGGAGUUGCAAAUGCCCUCUCUGGUGACAUUUGGGAUAUUGACAAUGAGUUUUAAAUGUAACAUAAUUAAAUAAGAGCAGGGCAGUCUGUUUCUAGACUUGUACUGGUUGUGCUAAAUUUUCAUUAGAGCUCAAAUCUAAUGUUAUAAUUCUACCCGAUCAUCCUGAUACUAAAUGUCUUUAGGCAGCAGCUUUUAGUGCAGGGUUGGACCUACACUUGAAGUUACAGUGGAUAACACUUU